UGUUGCGCGGAGACCGGAAAAAGGAAACGCUCAUUUUGCACUUUGCAGUCUGCUGUCGGGAGACACGCAUCGGGCAAGCAAACAGGGAAUGCAUGUGUAAAAUUCACCAAGGACGGACCCUCUGGAUACAGUAAAUGUUACUGUAACGACUUGGCGCGAACAAGGACUUUCCCUAAGUGCAGCAAGCAAUGAUGGAAGGAGAAGCAGCUUACGAGCCCCCAACAGCAGCCCCCACAUUUAGUUAUGAUGAGGUGUUCCCGGCGCUGCCCGAAUCGGCGCCCGGUGCCCAGCCCUCAUCCAACCAGAUGGGACAAUGGAACAACAAAAUGCGCGUCGGCUCGUCCGUCGUCACCCAGGUCUUCAGAGUGCCUUACGAGGAGCGCAAACUGGACCUUAGUGAACGCUUCGGAGAAGGCGAUUCUAAGGGCAUCUGUCAUGACAUAAUGGAUGAGACAAACGCGCACAUUGAGAUUUCGCAAUCUAAAGACCAGUCGCUGACAUUCCUGGUCACCGGCAAGCAGAGCGCCGUGUUGGAGGCUCGUAGAAAGAUUCUCACGCAUUUUCAAACCCAAGCCAGCACCACUAUCAACAUCCCCAAGGAAUACCACCGCUUCAUCUUAGGCAAGGGUGGCAACAAGCUGAAGGACCUGGAGAAAGCAACAGCCACGAAAAUCUCUAUUCCCCCAACGGCUGACUCUUCUGACAAAAUUGUAAUCACUGGCACCAAGGAGGGCAUUGAGAAAGCAGUCCAUGAAAUCAGAGUGACCUCGGACGAGCAGUCCAAGCAAGCCUACGAGAGGCUUGAUGUGCCAAAGGUAUACCAUCCCUUCAUCUCCGGUGCCCACAAUGACAACCUGACCGCCCUGACGAGUGAAACUGGUGUCCGCAUCAACAUCCCACCCCUCUCUGUCCAGAAGGAUGAAAUCACCAUUGCUGGCGAAAAGGAGGGCGUUCUCCUGGCAAAGCAGAGGAUCCUCAGCAUCUACAACGAGAUGGCCAAGAAGUGCACAACAGUAUCAGUGGAAGUGUCCAAGUCCCAGCACAAAUACGUGAUUGGGCCACGAGGAAACACAAUUGCUGAAAUUUUGCAGGAGACGGGGGUGAGUGUGGAGAUGCCUCCAAGUGACAUUGCCACUGACACCAUCACCCUUCGAGGACCUCAGGACAAACUUGGACAAGCCUUGAGCAUGGUUUACCUUAAGGCCAACUCGGUUCGCACAGCCACUGUUGGUGCGCCUGCUUGGAUCCACAAAUAUAUCAUUGGACGCAAAGGUGCCAACAUCAGAUCCAUGACUCAAGACCUCCCCAAAGUGCAUGUUGAAUUCACAGUUAUCAAUGACAAAGAAGGCAAAAUCAAGAUUGAAGGCCCUCCUGAGGAAGUCGAAAAAGCACAAAGGGCACUUGAGGAUAUGGUGAAAGAUUUGACCUCCAAACUGACUUUUGAAGAGAUUGUUGUGGACCCCAAAUUUUACAAGCACAUCAUUGGAAAGAGUGGAGUCAAUAUUAAUCGAAUUAAGGAGGAAGCUGGAGUUGUGAUCAACAUUUCUGAUAAUGAUGGCAAGAACAUUAUCCGCAUUGAAGGAAACCAGGAGGGGGUUGCUGCUGCCAAAAAAGAGCUGGAGGAAACAGUGCACAAAUUGGAAAACGAGAAGGAACGGGACAUAAUCAUUGAUCGGCGGUUCUACAAAACUCUGAUUGGCUCCAAAGGCGAGAAGAUCAAGGAGGUGCGUGAAAAGUUCAACCAGGUGCAGAUCACGAUUCCAGGCCCAGGUGACAAGCGGGAUGUAGUCAAGAUCCGUGGAGUUAAAGAUGAUGUUGACAAGUGCUACAAGUAUAUGCAGAAGCUGGUGAAAGAGCUAGGCGAAAACAACUUUGUACUGGAGGUGCCCAUUUACAAGCAGUUCCACAAGUACAUCAUAGGUAAGGGGGGUGCCAACAUACGCAAGAUCAGGGACGAAACUCAGGCAAGGAUAGACCUACCCGGGGAGGGUGAAAAGAGUGACGUCAUUACCAUCACUGGCAAGAAGGAGAGUGUUGAGGAGGCUAGGGACAAAAUCCAGAAGAUUCAGAAUGACAUGGCCAACAUUGUGAGCGAGGACAUCACAAUUCCUCCAAAGCACUACAAUUCCCUGAUUGGUGCUGGUGGCAAGCUUAUCCAUGCCAUCAUGGAGGAGUGCGGUGGAGUGACCAUCAAGUUCCCACCGGCCGAGAGCAACAGCGACAAAGUUACCAUCCGUGGCCCCAAGGAUGACGUGGAGAAGGCCAAGCAACAGCUGCUUGAGCUCAGCACUGAACGCCAACUGUCUGGCUUUUCGGCUGAGGUGCGUGCCAAACCCCAGCACCAUAAAUUCCUCAUUGGAAGAAAUGGCGUCAACAUCAAGAAGAUCAGAGACUCAACUGGUGCUCGUAUCAUGUUCCCAACGGACAAAGAUGAUGACAAAGAAGUAAUUACUAUUGUUGGGAAGAAGGAGGCAGUCGAAAAGGCCAAAGCUGAGUUGGAGGCUACCAUCAAGGAGAUUGACAAUAUUGUGGAAAGCGAGAUGCGCGUAGACCCAAAAUACCAUAGGCACUUUGUGGCAAGGCGAGGCGAAGUGCUGCACCAGAUUGCGGACCAGUAUGGUGGUGUGAUGAUUUCCUUCCCCAGGGCGGGUGUCACUUCUGAUAAGGUGGUACUGAAGGGCUCUAAGGACUGCGUGGAGGGAGCCAAGCAGCGCAUUGAAGAGAUCGUCCAGGACCUGGAGUCGAUGGUGACAAUUGAGUGCGUGAUUCCCCAGAAGCUGCACCGCACAGUGAUGGGCGCCAAGGGCUUCAAGGUGCAGGGCAUCACCCAGGAAUUUGACGUGCAGAUCAAGUUCCCCGAGAGAGACAAUGUAAACAACGGCAAACAGGAAGGGGAGCAAGUCAACGGUGGCGACAGUAGAACCAGCGACACGAUCCGUAUCACUGGCAAGCGAGAGAACUGUGACAAGGCUAAACAGGCGCUGCUUGACCUCAUGCCCGUGACUAUUGAGGUCAACGUGCCCUAUGAGUAUCAUCGUUCCAUCAUUGGCCAGAAGGGUCGCGACGUGCGUGAAAUGAUGGAGAAGUAUGAUGUGCACAUUGUGCUCUCACCUGCAGACCAGCGACUCGAUGUCAUCAAAAUUUCUGGAACACCAGCCUGCGUUGCUAAAGCCAAGGAGGCUGUUGAGGAGCGUUGCAAGCAGCUCGAGGAGGACCGUCAUGACAGGCAGCUGCGUUCCUUUGAACUCAAGCUUGAGGUUGACCCUGACUUCCAUCCAAAGAUAAUUGGCAAGCGCGGUGCUGUGAUCACGAAAAUUCGUCAGGACCAUGAUGUGCAGAUAAACUUUCCAAAGAAGGGUGAUGCUGAGGAGCACAUCAUCACUAUCACUGGCUACGAGAAGAAUGCUGAGUCUGCUAAGGAGGACAUUCUGAAAAUUGUCAAUGAGCUGAACAAGAUGGUUAAGGAGCAGGUGUCGAUCGACCACAGGGUGCACGCGCGGCUGAUAGGCCAGCGUGGCAGGGCCAUUCACAAAGUGAUGGAGCAGUACAGUGUCGACAUAAAGUUCCCUAGGAGCACUGAUCCCGACCCAAGUCUUGUUACCAUCAUCGGUGCUGAGGAUAAUGUGGCUGACGCCAAAGAGUAUCUUCUUAACCAGACCGAGGAAUACAUGCAGGAUGUGAAUGAGCAGAUGGAGCUGCAGCAGUACACGCGGCACCCGUCGCGCACUGACAAAGAUGCUGCGGGCGGUGCCGGCCCCGGAGAAACAGGGUUUGUGGUGAAGGGCGCCCCAUGGGAACAGCCGCAGUCGACGCCCAACACAUCCAGCAUUGAGGACUUCCCCUCGUUCGGUGGCGAUAACCAGGGCUCUGCUCCAACCACCAGCGGCCCAUGGGGCCCCAGGCGCUAAUUCUUCGCCCCCUUCAGCUCGCUUAGCCUCUAGCCACACAGUCGAGAAGCUCAUCUAGCUCAAUAACCGAUUUAAAGAAGAAAAGAAAUUACACAUAUACACGAGAAUAAUUCAAACAUAAACACAGUUUCCAGUUUUUAGUUUGUCUUGGGGUGGUGAAAAUUGAUUUGAUUUUUCCAGCUAUUUUAUCCUCCUUAGUUUUAAUUAUAUUGUUUUUUACUACACGCGUAAUCCAUUUAACGAUAUAAUUAUUUAGCAAUGGUAAUUAUUCUCAUUAACCAAGAAAGCAACAAAAAAAAAAUCACAAAAGAGCAAAGAAUGUUGCAAAAAUUUAAAUUGAAAUGCAAUUCCUUCCUCACUGGCUCGCUGCAAACCGACCUUGGCCUGCCUUUCUGGACUUUGAUUGACGGAUAAUGUUUGGACGUUGACACGAGUCUUCCUGUAAUGCUGUUUUGAGAAAAACAUUUGAGAUCAUGUUUGUGUAUUCGAAAAACAUUUCGGAACCCGGUAGUAAUUUUUCCGUUAUGCUGCAGAUUAAUUGUUAUUACCUUUUAAUGAUUUAUCUAAACUUUUAUGUUCUUUAGUUACUGUUUGAUAUUUUUUAUUUUUUUUUUCGUCUGUAGCAUUUCUUGGGAAGAGCCAUCCGAGUGAUUUGAACUUAGAAUGUACGAAACCAGUGAUAAAGAAAAAGUGCACGCACGAUUGAUUAAUCGAUUUUAUGCCCGAUUUUCCAUUCUAAGAAAUUUAAGUAAUGUUUACCAACUUUGCGUUUGCUCAUUUUGUAAUUUUCUGAUGAUUAUUGUAAAGAAGCAAUUAUUUUUACUUGCGCGCCAUAUUAACGGGCACUUUCAAAAAUGUUACGGAAAGUAAUUGAGAAAACAGAGAGACACACACGAGGAAAACAAAAUAGACUGACGUUUUUAAAAAAAGAUUAAAUUACCUGCGAAGGUGUAAAAAACAAAAAUAUUACUGAAUAAUAUCCUAUUGCAACUGCAGUUUUUUGUUCUCUUUUUUAAUUGAAACACAUAAACACAGCGAUUCAACUCUAUUAUUGUGUUAAAUGAAUGUUUUUCACGCAUUAUUGUUUUACUUAAAUUUUAUAAAAAUAUGGGAGAAAAGUGAUUUAUGUGUUGCUAUACAUUGCGGAUAAAAAGGAAUCAUUUUUGUUCAAUGCUCUUCAUCAUGAACAACCGAAAAGGAAAUAUUAUUUAUGAAAAAAGUACGCAGAUGAGUGAGUGAACGAUACAAAUUGAUUACCAGCUAACGUCCUUUGAGGAAGAAAGAACUCGAUAAUGAACCUUCACUGGUGCUAUAAAUUGGGCAUAUUAUUGUGAAUCGGGAACUUUGUUAGGGCAUACAAAAGACGAACCUGUUUGAAUUUGCCUGGUGUCUUACACGCGCAUUAUUGUGUACUGUUAAUUGAUAUAUUAUGAAAAAAAAACUAAA